AUGAAUCAUACCACAAUUGAUGAGAGUACAAACCAACCAAGGCAACCUAUACCAGAAUUUCAUCCAAGUCAAAUUAUUUCAGAUCCAGGACUUCGAAUACCAAUAGAAGAUUAUGCUCCUGAAAUUAGAAGUGAUGUGAGACGAGCUUAUUUGUUGAAAGGGAGAAACAAAGCUAUUGGGCAUAAUUUUGAAAAGACAAAGGAUGGUAGAAUUUGGAGAUCCUUUCAACCUGCGUGGUUUGAUACGUAUGAUUGGUUGGAAUAUAGUGUGGAAAAGGAGGCCGCUUUUUGCUUCCAUUGCUUUCUUUUCAAGAAACCAUCACAAGCCAUUAGAUUUGGAAAUGAUGUUUUCACAAAAGAUGGUUACACUCGUUGGAAAACAGCCCUAAGUAAUUUCAGAAAGCAUGUUGGUGGUCCAUCUAGUUACCACAACAUUGCUAAGGGAGAUUGUGAUGAUUUCAACAAUCAGAGAGCAAGUGUGGCUACCCAAUUCCGUGUGUACAGCAAGGAGUCUGAGAUAUCUUAUAAAAUCCGCCUAACUGCAUCAUUGGAUUGUGCAAGGUAUCUCAUAGCACAAGGUGAAGCUUUUCGUGGGCAUGACGAAUCCUCCACUUCCAUCAACAAGGGCAAUUUCAGAGAGUUAUUGGACUGGUAUAAGGACAAGAAAGAAGAUGUGAAGGAGGCAUUUGAUAAGGGGCCAGGAAACGCACAAAUGAUUUGUUCCGACAUCCAGAAGGACCUUGCUACAGCUUGUGCAAUGGAGGUAACCAAAGUUAUUAAGAAUGACAUUGGAGAUAAGAAUUUCUCAAUACUUAUUGAUGAAGCUAGAGAUUGCUCAAUAAAGGAGCAAAUGGCGGUGAUUGUCAGAUUUCUAGAUGAUCAUGGAGUGCUUCAAGAGCGAUUUCUUGCAAUUAAGCACAUCACAGAUUGUACAUCUGCUGGAAUUAAAAAAGCUUUGGUUGAUGUGUUGGAAUAUCAUGGUUUGUCAACUUCUAGGCUACGUGGUCAGGGUUAUGAUGGUGCUUCCAAUAUGAGAGGGGAAUUCAACGGUUUGCAAAAACUGGUUAGAGAUGAAGCUCCGUAUGCAUUUUAUGUUCAUUGCUUUGCUCACCAGUUACAGUUGGUGGUUGUCAAUGUGGCUCAAUGUAGUCCUGCUAUUGCUGAUUUCUUCAACUAUAUUCCGUUGAUAGUUACUCAAGUGUGUUCAUCUUGCAAAAGGAAGGAUGCAUUACUUGCCAAACAUCAAGAUGAGUUGUUAGAUUUGAUGGAGAAUGGAAAGAUCACAGCCGGAACCGGGCUGCAUCAAGAAUCUAACAUAACAAGGCCAGGAGAUACUCGUUGGGGCUCACAUCUCAAAACUUUGCUUCGUAUAUUCACAAUGUGGAAUGCUGUGGUGGAGGUGCUAGGAAUUGUUGUGGUUGAUGCCCGAGAACACACAUGUCAAGGUGGAGCUAGAGGUUUGCUUAAAAACAUGGAAUGCUUUGAAUUUGUGUUCAUCAUGUUGUUCUUAAUAAACUUGUUGAGCAACACAAAGCAUGAGGGACAAUGGGUGGGAGUAUUUAUUCUGCCAAGCCAAGAACUUUUGUGA